UGGAGGAAUAUUAAGACUCAAAAUCGAUCGCGUCCAACCCUUAAGGCAACUUUAUUAACUCGUCGGAGCAAAAAUCGAUGAAAAAAACGUCCCAUUCUUGUUGGAAGUCAUUACGCAGACAUAAAUGGAGUGUUACGUUUUCGAAUGAGAUUGAUUUUUUCCUCCCCAUUUCUCUUUCAUCUUUCGGAUUUCUUUUGUUCCGUAUUGAAUGCUUGAAAAGUAUUGUGUACACUACAGUGUUAGAGUGAUUGGAAUAAGUUAUAUCAAUACGGAUGUGCGUGCUAGCCAGGUAUUAUUACAGAGGGCAAUUACACUGUGCAUAGCAACCCCGGCUUGUAGCUCUUGUAGUUUUUUGAUGGAGUGUAUUCUGGAUUAAUACAAGGGAUACAUCGCUCGUUUCUUGUUCCAACGUCAAGUUUUUAUCGAGUGCCGAUACAGGAUUUUAGAGACAAUAAUAGCAUUGCUUUUUAAGUAAAAAUGGCGAUUUCAGGCUGAAAAUUCCGAUUCCCCCAAACCACAACGAUGAAUUCUCUCACAGUGCGUUCACCAGUGCCCUUCCAGCUGCCCCAAAUCGAUGAACGCCCCCGUACAAGGACUUCAAGAAGUAAAGGAGGGCGGCGGCUACCCAUCCCAGAGGUCGAAUCGGGGGCGUAUCGGGCCCAUUUUAAGAGAUGGUGGGAUGAUGAGGGGCGUAAGAAAUUACAUGAGAAGGAAGAUCCGAUGGUUGCCAUUGGUAAUCGAAUCACGGAGGUACAUGAUAUGGUGACACCUAGAAACACAAAGGAGAUCACUAUGAACCGAUUGCAGACUCCACUUAAAAAUAAAGUCAGGGAAUUAUCUAUCAUGACACCGGGUACAUUUCGGCGGAACAGAAGACCAGCUGUAGAGAAAAAGUUUGACGCCGCUCACUGUUUCUUCAAUGCAAUAAAAUCAGUACUGAUUGUCGUCACCAUCUAUAGACGGAGAAGAAGGUACGUGCAAAGAGGUUCAAUCAGGGAUUCCCUCGACUCUGAGAUACAAUGUAAAGAUUACAACCAAGUCUGGUUCUCUACGCAGGAUAAGGAGAAUGCAGAUACAACACCGCAAAAGACAGUGAUCGGAAACGAUUACCAGUGCGAUUUAAGAAUGCAACCAAAACACAGGACUCAGGAACAACUUGAAAGGAUCGCUUUGAAGAUCCGAACCAUCAAAAAAUUCCAAAUGUUUCCAACUAAAAUUGAAGAGGAGCUAUGUCGGAGAAUAUCAUACGGAUGUUACGAUGAUGGUCGAGUUAUAGCUUAUCAGGGCAGUACGUCACGUCGCUUCUAUUACAUCAUCUCAGGACAAAUCGGCUUACUACAUACAUACAAGCUACAGAGUGGGGAGGUAACGAAACCCGUGGGAGUACACAAGAGCGGAUACAGCACACCGCGUGAAGAGCUAGAGAGACGCCUCCCACUCACCUCUAACAUGGUAUGCAAGGGAAACGUCGAAGUCUUGAUUCUUGAAAUUGAGGACUUUCUGUAUCUGAUUGAUCCCCCUGACGACCCUCCAAUUGACUUUUUGAGAGAACAGUCGAUGUUCCGAGACUUUCCAGUUGAUGAGUUUCGCCAGUAUCCAGACUCCAUUCGAUCGAAGUACUACCCACCAAACAAAGUGAUUUGUGAGGAUGCUAAUCAUACCAAGUGGUUGUAUCUCGUCAUGUCGGGUGAAUGUUGCUAUCUACGCAAGCAGAACAUACCCAAGACCGCAAACCUCAGCACCCGACCUCUGGUAGGAGGGGGUCCUCUAGGGGAGGACAUACGCCAAAGGAGACCCUCUCAUGCGAACGAAAUGAUUGAGAUGAGCUUAGCAAGAUACGUUGCAAAGCAGCGAACAACUCUCCCUUAUUUGCCCGAGAUCCGAACUUCUAUUGCCGAGGACGCGGGGCCCACGACCAACAACCCACACGGUCAGUCCAUCGGACUUCCGCCCAUCUCAAGGGAAGAUACGAGAUCCAUAUCUCCGUCGUCACGUCGAGCCAGCACGGUGUCCUACAAUCACGACCUUCCCGCCCUCGCCCGCCACAACGAUAUCGUAGAAGACCCGCUACUAUCUUCCGAGAACCGGUCGAGGUCCAAACAGCGCCGAAACAGCAUGUUCCUUACGGAACGUAGCCGUACGGAUGCCUCUAUUUCACGGGCGCAGACACGACAGCGUACCCAAACGUUCCCUUUAGGCGGGAGAGGAGCCCGGGGAAGGAGACAGAAACGUGUGUUCCUUCGGCUCGGGAAACUGCAACAGGGUGACAUAUUUGGGUUGAAUGAAGUUGCGGAAACUCUGCAAGUGGAAUCGUCUGGCGUGAGUGUGGUUAGUGGAGGGUCCGAGGUAAUUGCCAUUAGCAAACGCUUUUUCCGCCAGCAUGCCGGUGUCAUGACUCUCCUCAAACUUGAAAGCAUGCUGCAGGAAUUUGUUUCGGAAGAAGGUGCAAAAGAUAUUUUGCGUGAGGAGAAAACGUGGAAGCGAUACAAGGAGGCGCUCGUCAGCAAAGUUGCAACGAAGAAAGCCGAAAGAAGCUCCCGAGACAGGAGAGGGAUCCGAGUCAAACUCAACCCGCUGGCGCAGACGUUAUGACGAAUGGCUGACGAACAUUUCCGAGUGUAACCGGUUAUUUACGAAGCUACAGAUGAAAACAGAGGCACUGUACUCGUCAGCAAAGUAAAUGCGAAUAAAGCCGAAAGACCAGAGGAAAACAGCGCAAAAGUUAUGACGAAGGCUUAACGAAAAUUGCCGAAUGAUCGACGAUUACAGACGAAAUAUCAUUCCGAAUGAAAUGAAUAAUUGAUAUGGCGUAAAAGUAGGCCAAGCCUAUAAGUCAUACCAUAUAAAAUAUAAUGCAUGUCUUGUUGUAAAUCACAUGUGCUGGUGGCUGGAGCCGGUACUAUGAUGAUGUUUGUUUAACAAAAUAAUGAGCUAGGUGCUUUUAUUUUCUAACAAAAUAAUGAUAGAAAUAAACCUUUACCCAGUUUACUAUGCUAGAUGUUGAACUAAGCAGACAAAUAAUAUCCCAGAAUAAUAUUUUUGAACAUGUUAAACAAUUAUUCCUUGCAUUUUUAUUUUAAGCGAAUCCUCCGGCUCAUUAUACCUUUUUAUAAAAAUAAAUGAAAACACAAAUUCUCGUUGUCCUACGUUUUCUUGGUCUUUCAAUGUAUGAACAUGUAUGAUAUAUCAUUGGAAAGACAGGUGCCAAUUAUGAUUUAAACUGUGCAACUGAAUAUGAUUAAUUCUCAUUGUUCAUGGGAAUAAAAUAGUGAACUUUACUGACACUGUUUCACUACGACAGCUUAAGUUGUUUACACUUUUCCUGCUGAGUAACAGAACAUGUAUGUGGUGGUGCCCAGAUUCUACGCAAAGGUUUCAGAAAUUAAACCAUUCAGACAAUUUUAACAAACUAAAUAUCAUUACCUUAAAAAUGAGUGUAUUCAUUAUCAAGAGUAUGACUAGUAGCAGUAGGGAUCCCGGGUGUCAGUAAACAUAAAAUAAGAACGGCAUUACCUUGGUCAUGUUAGCGCCGUUUCUUCAAAAUUAUUGUAAGAAUAUUUUUCAUCAUAAAGCGAUACUGAACUGAUUUUUCGCGGAAGUUUGGAAAGUUAAUAUCCAGGUAUGAUAAAUAAGUAUAUUUUUGCAAUAUUUCUGUUUGUAUAUUUAGACAAAAGAAGGGUGUAGUAGUCGCUGUGAAAUGAUA